AGGAUCCGCUUCGGGAAAGUCGUAUUCCUGGUCGUAAUGUUGGGUUGAUGGAGCCAGACAUGGAUUAAACUAAGUACUGUGACACAACAUCUGUAAAGAAGAGAGGAGGAGAGAUGUCAAGAGCAGAAACAUCUGUAAAUCUAUCUAUGGUUCCAUAAUCUGCAUAUUCAUACCGCGGGAACCACAUACUGUUUGUGGUUUGACAUAACAGACCAAACUCAUCAUAAUGGAAUCUCUCUCACAACAAGAGUCCAUUCUAGAUUGUCAGAUCUUACAACAAGACUCCAUGUUAGAAUGUCAGAUCUGUUUCAACUAUUACAGUUCGUGGCGUAGGCCCAAGCUCCUGGACUGCCAGCACACCUGCUGCUCAGUGUGCUUGACCCAGAUGAGGAUGAGCCAGAGUGAGCUGCGCUGCCCCUGGUGUCGCUGUGUCACCACUCUGCCCCCAGGGGUCUCUGUCUCCCAACUCCUAGAUGACCCGGACACUAUGGCCAUCAUCUCUGUCCCAUACACACCUGUCUUCAUACGGCUGCCGUGUAACGCCUACCUUCCAGUAGAACACCAUGAGAGGGCUACAGGGAUGGAGGAGGAACAUGGGAUGAGGGAAGGGGAGGAAGGUAGUUGUAAGAGCGCAUUUGGGACCAGGUUCUGCUUAGUGGUUGUUGUGGGAUUUGUCCUACUCUUACUUGUGUACAUUAUACUGCACAGCAUGACCUGCAACUCAGAACAGUUCACCAUGAUAUCCUGUGGCUGAAAGACUUGAUGAUAAUAAUAAGCUAUUUGGGAUCUUUCUCUCACUCCCCAAAAUUACAGGACAUUGUCACAAUGCCAGCAUUCAGGCUAUUUCUUAACCAGGAAUAGUACUGCCAUACUGAGUAAGGAAAUGGUUGUCAUACUUUGUAUUUCGAAUGUGUUCAGAUAUAUUGAAGAUUUUUAUUUUUUCAAAUUAUUUCUCAUGUCUUUGUGCAAUAGACAGUUAAAAAAUUAAACCAAUCACCAUUAUGCUUCUCUGUUGUGAUUCACCCAGAAAAGCACAAAUCAGAUGUUAU